AUGCCAGCUGGCGCGGCAGAUGAGGCGAAAAAAGCGAGGAUGGCCAGCCACGCGGAGGAAUGGUGCCCCCUCGCCUCCCGCAAAGUUCUAGAAGAAAGGCGAGCGAAACGGCGACGCCUGGACAUGCUCGGAGGCGAAGAGCUCCACUACGUCCCAUGUAUGCGAUGGCUUGUGGAUCAGGGAGGCGGUGAAGGAUGUAGUGGGGUCGAGUGGAAUCGGUAG